CUGGCGAAGCGUCUGCUGCGACGCCCCGCCUCUCGCGAUUAAGCGUGAUAUUCACGAAUCUGUAAAGGUUUCAAUAUUUGUAGAGAAGCGGCACAUUAGCAAAAAGUCUGUCUUGUGUCGAUUUACAGCAUAAGUUGCAAACCCCUUUCGUUUAGUUGGAUCCUUGCAAUUUCUGGAUUACUGGACAGAGCACUGUGCGUGAGGACCCAGGAAUUACUGCAGAGAAUUCGAAGAGGAGAAAGAAGAAAAGCGUUUUGUUUAGCUGACCACGGGGAUGCUGGCGGGCCCAGGGAUGGAGACUAUCCGGCUGCUGGGAACCGUCCUGUGUGUGCUCAGCGGCGCUUGGCUUCCUUCAGGUCAGGCCUCCCGAAUGAAGUCGCCCGCUCUUCCGAUCCAGUCAGAGAGAGAACCGCUCCCAUCGAAAGGGGUGUCCGUUCAUUCACCAGGAUGCUCAUUUGGUGGAAGGUUUUAUUCUUUAGAGGACACAUGGCAUCCAGACCUUGGGGAUCCAUUUGGUGUUAUGCACUGUGUCAUGUGUUACUGUGAACCACAGAGGAGCAGGCGUGGAAAGGUGUUUGGGAAAGUCAGUUGUAAGAAUAUAAAGCAGGACUGCCCUGAACCAAACUGUGAUGAGCCAGUUCUACUGCCAGGGCAAUGCUGCAAGACAUGCCCUAAAGGUAACAUGGACAGGAAGGCCACGGAGUCACUUUUUGAUGGCUUCGAGUUCUUCCAGGACAAGGAGGAUGAUCUCCACAAAUCCUACAAUGACAGAUCCUAUCUCAGCUCUGAGCACAUGAGCACCAGUGACAGCAAGACAGACUUUGUGGCCUUACUGACCAGUGUGAUGGACUCCUGGUUGUCCAGUUACAGUGGAGUAGCACGUGCUCGGUUUACUCUCACCAAAACCACCCUGGCAUUCUCUAUUACCUACCAGAAGAUGAGCAGGCCAAGUGUUGUAGUGUUUCUGGACUCAGAAGGAAACACUGCGUUUGAGUUCAGGGUUCCUCAGACAGACACAGAAAUGAUUUGUGGUGUUUGGAGGAACCUGCCAAAGUCCCAUAUGCGACAGCUCCAGGAAGAACAGCUUCGUGUCUCCAUAGUUACAAUGGACAGCAGGAGACAGGAGAUCCAAGGAAAGCUCAUCAAACAUAGAGCAUUGUUUGCAGAGACGUUCAGUGCCACUUUAACAGCUGAAGAGGAGCAUUCUGGGAUGGGGGGCAUUGCUAUGCUGACUCUGAGCGACACAGAAAACAACCUCCAUUUCAUUCUGCUUAUGCAGGGAGUUCUUCUCACCACAGAGAGCAAGCCUCCACUGGUGCCCAUCAGAGUGAUGCUGCAGUACCGCCAGCACACACUCAGAGAGAUACAUGCCAACGUUACAGCUCACGACCCUGAUUUUGCAGAGGUUCUGGUGGAUCUGAACAGUCGUGAGCUCUUUUGGCUGUCUAGGGGUCAGCUGCAGAUCGUCGUGGAAACGGAGGGUCACAACCCCAGACGUAUCUCUGGGUACAUCACUGGCAAGAAGUCAUGUGACACUCUGCAGAGCGUGAUGUCCAGCGGAGACGCUUUGACUCCUGGUAAAACGGGCGCUGUCGGGUCAGCCAUUUUUCACCUUCAUGACAACGGCACUCUGGACUUCCAGAUCCAGGUAGCGGGCGUGUCCAGCGAUGUGGUGGGCGUGACUAUCGAGAUGAAACCACGGCGACGGAACAAGCGCAGCGUGCUGUAUGACGUGACGAGUGACUUCAUGCCGGUGGCAGCGGCAGGGGGCGGGCGCGGGGGGCGGGCCCUCAGCAGCUGUGGACGAAUGGAGGCCCGGCACGUUCACAUGCUCCUGCAGAACGAGCUGUUUGUGAAUGUGGCAACAGUGGAACAGCCUGAGGGAGAGCUGCGGGGUCAAAUCAGGACACUAUUGUACAACGGCCUGGAAGCCAAGAGACAAGACCUGCCCUUCCCUCUUGCCGGUCAGUUUGUGUCACCGGCAGUGCAGACGAGUGCAGGAGGACAUGUCUGGGUCUCCGUAGACCCACGUUGUCACCUGCACUAUGAGAUUGUAAUCAGUGGCCUCAGCAAGAGCGACGACGUCGCCGUGAACGCCCACCUGCAUGGAUUGGCUGAGAUUGGUGAGAUGGACGAGUCUGCUACCAAUCACAAACGACUGCUGACUGGAUUCUAUGGCGAACAGGCCCAGGGUGUGCUGAAGGACCUGAGUGUGGAGUUAUUGAGGCACUUGAAUAAAGGCACUGCAUUUAUUCAAGUCAGCACCAAGAUGAACCCUCGGGGAGAGAUACGGGGACGAAUCCACGUCCCAAACACCUGUGAAUUCGGUUCCCGCGGUGACGUGGUGGAGGAGGCAGAGUUCGAUGACCUCGUGUUUGUGCAGGACCCCGAGGAGGUGAAGAAGGACCCGCACGCAUGCUUUUUUGAGAGUGAGCACCACACGCACGGCUCGCGGUGGACACCCCACUAUAACCCCUGCUUCACCUGCACCUGCCAGAAGAAGACUGUCAUCUGUGACCCCAUCAUCUGCCCCACCCUCACUUGCCCCCACACCUACCAGCCCGAGAACAAGUGCUGCCCCGUGUGUGAUGAGAGGAAAGCACCCAAAGAGAUCUCAUCCACUGAGAAACUGGAAGAACACCCAGAAGGGUGCUAUUUCGAGGGCGACCAGAAGAUGCAUGCACCCGGAACCAAAUGGCAUCCGUUCGUGCCGCCUUUUGGCUACAUUAAGUGUGCCGUGUGUACCUGCAAGGGUUCUACUGGAGAAGUGCAGUGUGAGAAAGUUACCUGCCCACCACUUACCUGCAUCCGACCAAUCAGACGCAACCCCUCAGACUGCUGUAAGGAGUGUCCUGUGGAGGACACGCCCCUGCUUGAGGAGGGGGAGAUGAUGCAAGCGGACGGAACGCGCCACUGCAAGUUCGGCAAAAACUACUACCAAAACAGCGAGAACUGGCACCCUCUUGUGCCAUUGGUCGGAGAGAUGAAAUGCAUCACAUGCUGGUGUGAUCAUGGGGUCACCAAGUGUCAGAGGAAACAGUGUCCACUGCUCAGCUGCAGCAACAUCACACGCAGAGAGGGGAAGUGCUGCCCUGAGUGUGCAGAUGAAUUCAGUAAAGAAGAGGAGAUGAUGAAGAUGGAGGAGAAAAAGAAAAGCCGGAGACACUGAUGUUCCACCUCUCCCUCCCUCCAGCCCCCCUCCUUCACCCCCACUCACAUGCCCCUCUGUCCACACCCCCCCACCCCCACACCCCCGGCCCUUGGGCUGCCUCUCGCCUUUGGAGUGGGCCACUGGUGGACUGUUUUAGAGACAACAGAAACAUGGGCGGGAAGAGAGAGAGAGAGAGAGUGUGUGUGUGUGUGUGUGUGUGUGUGUGGGAAGAAAAAGAAAAAGGCUAACUGAAGGCUGAAAGAGAAGAAAAAAAUGGAAGGAAGGACAGAGAGACGAGAGGACCGACUAGCUGCUGCAUUGUAUAGAAAAAAAUCCUUUGUGAAUGAUUUUCCGAAGUGAAUGUUUUUCGCUUUAUUUUUGUACUUAAUUAUUUUUGACUUGGAGCAAACUCUGGUCAUGCCAAUACAGACAGGCAGAUGUAUGUUUUCUUAAUGAUGGUGAGCGUGUGUGUGUGUGUGUGUGCGCGCGCGCGCGUGUGUGUGCGUGCGUUAAAGGAGCCUCUUAAGUCGAGGCACAGGCUUAAAAGGUGUGGAAUUGGCAGUAAACUCAUUGGGUGGCAAUGAGUGGAUGUAAAACAAACACACACAGACACACACACACAUUCCAAUAUGCUUCCUCAGGUCACAGCAAGCUUCCUACAGUAUUCAUCGUCUUUAUCCAGUCUUAUUCAGUAUGAAAAUCUUGGUCCCUCUUUUUAUCCAAUAAGAUGCACUCUUCUAUAUUAUGCAAAAGAAUUGUGAUGUUUCAAAUUGCCUGACUGGAGAUUUUGCUCUGUGACUGAAACACUCUUAAUGAGUGGGAGGGUCUUGACUAAUCAAGCACCAGAGUUUAGAAUACAAAGACCUCCCAUAUCUGCCCCGCCCACUAGUGUUGCACGUCAUGUCCUUCCCUGUCUGUUUAUGUUUUUUUCUGAUACUUUUGUGUAAUUUUUUAUAAAUACUUGCUGUCUGUAUUGUGAUUAUUAUGAUGAAUAUUGUAUUUCAUAUUUAUUGUUUUGGAUAAAUCAAUAAAAAUGUUCUGUGAUAUAUAA